AUGAACGAGUUUCACCAUGUUCGCCGCCUGCCGCCUUAUGUAUUUGAGCAGGUCAAUCAGCUCAAGGCGAAGGCGCGCGCGAACGGUGCCGAUAUCGUCGACCUUGGGAUGGGUAAUCCGGAUUUGCCGACGCCCGAGCACAUCAACGAAAAGCUGAUCGAAACCGUUGGCAAGCCGCGCACCAAUCGCUACUCCGCCUCGCGCGGGAUCACCGGCCUGCGCCGAGCACAAGCCGGCUACUAUGAGCGCCGCUUUGGUGUGAAGCUGAACCCGGAUACCGAAGUUGUCGCAACGCUUGGGUCCAAAGAGGGCUUUGCCAACAUGGCGCAGGCCAUCACCGCGCCUGGCGAUGUGAUCCUGGUGCCCAACCCCAGCUAUCCCAUUCAUGCGUUCGGAUUUUUGAUGGCAGGCGCAGCGGUGCGCUCUGUGCCGUGCGAACCUGGCCCUGAAUUCUUUCAUGCGCUCGAACGCGCUGUUCAGCACUCGAUUCCAAAGCCUCUGGCGUUGGUGCUUUGCUAUCCAUCGAACCCAACGGCGCAUGUAGCCGAUCUCGAUUUCUAUAAGGAUGUGGUGUCGUUCGCCCGCAAGAACGAUCUGAUCGUCCUCUCUGAUCUGGCCUACUCAGAAGNGCCAUCGAUCCUUCAGGUCAAGGGCGCCAAAGACGUGGCUGUGGAGUUCACGUCCAUGUCAAAGACCUACUCGAUGGCCGGGUGGCGCAUGGGCUUUGCCGUGGGCAAUGAGCGCCUGAUCGCGGCCUUGGCGAGGGUGAAAUCCUAUCUUGAUUACGGCGCUUUCACGCCGAUCCAAGUGGCAGCCACCGCCGCGCUCAACGGACCGCAGGACUGUGUCGACGAUAUGCGCGCCACCUAUCAGGGGCGUCGUGACGUGCUGGUGGACAGUUUUGCGCGGGCAGGGUGGGACAUCCCAUCACCGGCGGCAUCGAUGUUUGCGUGGGCACCAAUUCCGGACAAGUUCAAGCAUCUUGGCAGCCUGGAAUUCUCAAAACUUCUCAUUGAGAAGGCCGAUUUUGCGGUCGCACCAGGUGUCGGUUUCGGCGAGCAUGGCGAUGACUAUGUGCGCAUCGCGCUUGUGGAGAACAAAGACCGCAUUCGCCAAGCUGCACGNCCUCUUAUUGGCGGGCAACCCGCCAGCUUGGACGUACCGCGCAUGACUCUACCAUCCAGCGACAGCCCACUGCGUGUGGGCGUUGCAGGGCUCGGCACCGUUGGUGCCGCGCUCGCUCACCUGCUUUUGACCCGUACUCAGGAACUCAGCGCAGAAGGCGCUCGUCCGCUGCGGCUCACCGCUGUAUCAGCGCGCGAUGCUUCCAAAGAUCGUGGUUUUGACGCUUCUGGCCUAACGUUUCAUGCCGAUGUCGCUGAUCUGGCGCGCGAUCCCAAUGUUGAUUUGGUGGUCGAACUGAUUGGCGGAGAGGAUGGCGCUGCCAAAUCCGUGGUGGAAGCCGCACUGGAAAGCGGUAAGCCUGUCAUCACCGCCAACAAAGCGCUGCUUGCCGCGCACGGCCUCCACUUGGCGGCGCUGGCCGAAAAAUCCUCUGUUCCGUUGCUUUUUGAAGCUGCUGUUGCUGGCGGCAUCCCUGCCAUCCGUGCGCUGCGCGAUGCGGUGCCGGGCCAAAAAGUAACCCGCGUGUCUGG